AUUCUUGCGCCAUGAGCUUCAGCCCGGCCAGCUCAUGCAAGACGGCAUUGUGAUUUUGCUGCAAGAGUUGGACUAAAGCCUGCGAGGCGUCUUACGCUCUCCAAGGAUGCCAGGACCUGGAGCAAGCUCCUUCUCACAUGCCUGGUCCAAUGCAUCCCGGUGGCUGCAGCGAGGGGUCAGUACGUCCGCCAGCAGGCAUGCAGGGGGCGAUGUCAGCAGGAGGGCCGCCAAUCGCCGCCUAGCUGCACGAGGCGCUGUUGUGGUUGCAACUGCGACGACCGCAGCUGUUGCUUAUGACCACUACCGUCGCUCGAAGGGACAACCUUCUGUAUUGGAGGAAUUCAAAGCAUUUCUGAAUGACGCGCUGAGGGUGGGAAGCGGGGGGGAGGAUGAGGAGAAGCAGGGGCAUCUGCACGCUCCACUUGCUCUGGCAUCUCUGUCGCUUGCGUCAGUGUCAAUGGCGAGCACAACUGCUGGGGCAUCGGACAGUCUGGAAAGCGCUGUGGAGCCCCGGACGGGGUUGAGGUUUCCUAAAAAGGUGAAACCAGAGGACGCACCAAAGGGGAAAGAGUGGGAGCUGGCCGGGCUGGGCCUGCGGUCCAAGAAUCUCUUUGGGCUCAAGUCAAUAAAGGUGUAUGCCUUUGGACUGUACGCAGAACCCGGUGCUGUCAAGGACGCCCUCUGCGCAAAGUAUGGCACGUUCUCGCCCGAGGUGCUCAAGUCCAACAAAUGGUUCCUUGAGGAUCUGCUGGCCAGCAAGAACGACAUGGCUGUGCGGCUGGUGAUCUACUACAGCAAGCUCAAGAUCGGCAGCGUCCGCAAGGCGUUUGAGGAGUCCGUUGGGGAGCGCCUCCGGAAAGUGAGCCCGGACAACUCCGACACAGUGCUCCAAAAGUUCACCAACCUCUUCUCGGAUGACAUCCCCCUGCAGCGGGGCACGAUCAUCGACCUCCGCAGGACGAGUGCCGGCAACCUCAAUGUGACAAUUGACGGCAGGAAAAUUGGAACUGUCCAGAGUCAUGCCCUGGGCCACGCCCUGUUCGACUUGUACAUUGGGGACCCUCCCUUCGACAAAGGGGCCAAGGAAGAGAUGGGCAUGUCCUUGGCACGUAUGCUGAAGUAGAAAAGCUGUAGAGUUUGUACAGACGGUGGCGUCCCGCCAUGUAGAUUAAAUUCGGAUUCGUGAGUCCAACUGUAAGUACUUAGGUUGUGCAUGCGCGUUGCUUGAUUGUUCGGAUUUGAGGACGUGGAGUUUCCAGGGGCAUUUGGAUUACUUUUCACUGCUUUCAUUGAGGUUCCACCUUUGAGCUUAGUAUUCAAGACCGCCGUCGCCCGUGCAUGUUCCCGGACACCUAAACGGCUCGUCGCCUUGCUGCACGGCGCGAUCGGUUGUGGAUGCAGUGAUUGGGCUGCAUUGCUAUAGCUACUUUCGAAGCUGCGCG